GACCUGCACCGCGCCCAGCCUGGGGGACGUCGCUCCCCGCGGGGGAGGGACCUGCGGACGCCCGUUUGGGGGCGGAGGCCGCUCUGCGGAGCCGCCCACGCAGCGCUCCAGGAGCCAGAGACCACAGAAUGAGCAUUAGGACAUGCUGAUCUGCUCUUAAGACAGCUGGCUGGUACCCUGGUCAUGGAGGACUGCAAUGUGCAUUCAGCUGCCAGCAUCUUGGCCUCCGUGAAGGAACAGGAGGCCCGCUUCGAGCGGCUGACAAGGGCCUUGGAGCAGGAGAGGCGCCAUGUUGCCCUGCAACUGGAGCGAGCCCAGCAGCAGCCUGGUAUGGGCAGUGGAGGCGUGGUGGGCAGUGGGCAGCCCCUGCCGAUGGCCUGGCAACAGCUGGUUCUACAGGAACAGAGUCCGGGCAGCCAGGCAUCACUGGCCACAAUGCCAGAGGCACCUGAAGUGCUAGAGGAGACAGUGACAGUAGAAGAGGACCCUGGCACACCUACUUCCCAUGUGUCCAUUGUUACAUCUGAAGACGGCACAACUCGGCGCACUGAGACCAAGGUCACCAAGACAGUCAAGACAGUGACCACGAGGACAGUACGCCAGGUGCCUUUGGGCCCAGAUGGACUCCCCUUACUGGAUGGCGGCCCUCCACUUGGCCCCUUUGCUGAUGGCCCCUUGGACCGGCAUUUCCUGCUACGUGGCGGUGGUCCAGCAGCCACACUUUCCCGAGCUUACCUCAGCAGUGGGAGUGGCUUUGCUGAUGGCCUAGAGCCCCGUGAUGGUCCCAACUAUGGCAGCCUGUCCAGAGGGCUAGGGGUGCGGCCCCCCCGCACUGGACCCCUUGGCCCAGGAUCUGGUGAUGGCUGUUUCACACUGCCUGGUCGCCGGGAAGCCUUCCCUGUGGGUACUGAGCCUGGUCCUCCAAGUGGCCGCUCCCUCCCCGAGCGUUUCCAGGCAGAGCCCUAUGGCCUGGAGGAUGACACACGAAGUCUGGCUGCUGAUGAUGAGGGGGGCCCUGAUCUGGAGCCUGACUAUGGUACAGCCGCACGAAGAAGACCUGAGUGUGGACGGAGCCUUCGUGCCAGGGCUUAUGAGGAUGUGGCUGAUGAUGCAGGUGAGCUGACAGAUGAGCGGCCCCCAUUCCCAGCAGCAACAGCACCACUGGCCCAGCCUGAGCGAGGCAGCUUGGGCAGCCUGGACCGAGUGGUACGACGCUCACCUUCAGUGGACAGUGCCCGCAAGGAGCCACGCUGGCGGGAUCCUGAGUUGCCUGAGGUGUUGGCCAUGCUGCGACACCCUGUGGACCCAGUGAAGGCCAAUGCGGCCGCCUACCUGCAGCACUUAUGCUUUGAGAAUGAGAGCAUUAAGCGGCGUGUUCGGCAGCUGCGUGGGCUGCCACUGCUUGUGGCACUGUUGGACCACCCUCGGGCUGAGGUGCGGCGCCGAGCCUGUGGGGCACUGCGCAACCUCUCCUAUGGCCGUGACACAGAUAACAAGGCUGCCAUCCGGGACUGCGGAGGUGUGCCUGCCCUGGUACGCCUGCUGCGGGCUGCCCGUGACAAUGAGGUUCGGGAGCUGGUCACUGUUGCCCUAUGUGUAGGCUUUGAGCUGCUGUAUCAACCUGAAGUGGUACGUCUCUAUCUCUCCCUCCUCACCGAGAGCCGGAACUUCAACACUCUGGAGGCUGCAGCAGGUGCCCUGCAAAACCUCAGCGCAGGCAACUGGAUGUGGGCCACAUACAUCCGUGCCACUGUGCGUAAGGAGCGCGGGUUGCCGGUACUGGUAGAACUGCUGCAAUCGGAGACUGAUAAGGUGGUGCGAGCAGUUGCCAUCGCCUUGCGAAACCUAUCUCUGGACCACCGCAACAAAGACCUUAUUGGGAACUAUGCCAUGGCCGAGCUGGUGCGGAAUGUUCGCAAUGCACAGGCACCUGCCCGCCCCGGGGCUCGCUUGGAGGAGGACACGGUGGUGGCUGUGCUCAACACCAUCCAUGAGAUCGUGUCUGAUAGCCUGGACAAUGCACGCUCACUCCUGCAGGCCCGUGGUGUGCCAGCGCUGGUGGCGCUCGUCGCCUCCAGCCAGUCUGUGCGUGAGGCAAAGGCGGCAUCCCACGUGCUUCAAACGGUGUGGAGCUACAAGGAGUUGCGAGGAGCCUUGCAGAGGGACGGCUGGACGAAGGCGCGCUUCCAGUCAGCUGCUGCCACUGCCAAGAGUCCCAAGGGAACGUUGAGCCCUGGGGGCUUCGAUGACAGCACACUGCCACUGGUAGACAAGAGCCUGGAUGGUGAGAAGCCAGGCAGCCGAGAUGUGAUCCCCAUGGACACACUUGGCCCAGAUGGAUACUCCACUGGAUAUUCUACUGUGGACCGGAGGGAACGGAAGGCCCUGGGCAGUGACUCUGCAGGUGAAGCCUCUGAAAAGGAACCUUUGAAACCCGAUCCUGGCAGGAAGGCCCUUCCUCCUGGGCCCAGCAGGCCCUCAGUCAGGCUGGUGGACGCCGUAGGGGAUGCUAAGCCUCAGCCCGUUGACUCCUGGGUCUAGCUUGCAUGCCGGGGCCCCAGCCCAGCCAUUUCUUAGAGAUUGGAUCACCUGGAGAAAGGCCCAUUCUGAAGUCUGCUGUGGAGCCUCCUGGUGGCAGUUGCUGGCCAAGCUUCUUGCCAGGACCUGACUUGCUGGCACCCCUUCUGUCUUGCCCUGCCGGUUGCUCCCUCUGAUCUCCUGAUCAAAUUCCCUAGGCCUGAGUUAGCUGUUUACUGACAUGGUGCUGUGUGUGAGUGUGAAAGAAAAGGCCAAGAUGGGGCCCAGGAAGGUAGCAAGGGAGGGCACCUGGCUUUGCUCUGGUGGAAUAAAGACUGUGUUCCAGAGAAACAGGUCUGGGGAGUGGGGGUCCUGGGGACAGGCAGCUGGGAAAGGAGGAAGGGUCUCAGGAAAGGAAGUUGGACUCCAAAGGGUGGAGGGACUUCCUUUUGUUCGAGGCUGCAAAGUGGGGAUCCUGCACUGGAUGUCCGGAACCCUCAUGCAAUGAGAUCCUUCCUCAAGUUGCCUCUGGCAGGGGGGGUCACUGUGAUGGCUGCACCUGCAUCUGCCCAGAACCUCACUGUAAUCUCCAGACUGACCCCCAGCAGCACAGGGAACUGCUGUCCAGUGCCUGCUGUUCAGAAAACCACUGA